CAGCCGCAGAGGGCAAGUCGGCAACUCAAAACAGAAACAUGACUUUCACAUGGUGUGGACCACAGUGUCUCUGUCUUGCCUACUGGGCACCGGCUGGAUGUUCGGGUUCAUGUACAUGCAAGUCACACCUGUCUUCAUCUACCUAUUCACCAUCGUCAAUGCCUCUCAGGGUAUACUAAUAUUCGUGUUCCACUGUCUCCUGAAUCGGCGCUUGAUGAAGGCCUUCCAAACAGCGCUAACAAGAAAAGGCUGGGACUACCGAUUCUUCAGGAGAACGAGAGAAGACGAGAGUAAGCUGUGGACCAGGUCGUCACGUUCCAACGCCAUUCGGGUUGUUUCUCGGUUGGAAACUCGAGGUUCGAAUCUUGCAUCCAGCUCGAGCGAUCGGGCGCUGCAGUACUUGGAGCGAUACCAAAGUAAGCCGACGUCGACGACCUAUCGGUUAGACGAACGGCAGAGUUUUCCUGCACCCAAAAUCACCGUAUGUCAAGCGCCUUCGUUCAAGAAAAGUGAAGAAGAAAUUAAAUCAUAUAUCAACUACAGCUUGUCCGAAUUCACCGAACGUGUUGGAUACCAUCUAAACGAGAUCACUCAACGCUGCAAAUUGGACAUAGAUUGGGAUUGUUACCCAAAUGGGGGAUCCGUGCAUGGACACAUGCAUAUGGAAGUGGAUCUCCAUUCUGCCACUGCCGUGUCGACUUUCCUCGAUGAACGUGUCUUUGCCGGUGUGCGAUCAAGUGGAACAUAUCGUAACCCUUGCCGGCUUCUUUCCGACACUCAUGACACACGGUCAACAUUUUCGUUCGAUCUGCAUCUGCCCGCCCCCUGCCAUCGCCUCCGCUACUCCGUGAACGUGAAGACUCCGAAUCAAGCUUUCGACGAAAAUAGCUAUCUCUGGAUUUAUUUCCCUGAGGAUAUCGUCGAUGUUCUGGUCGAGAAAGAGGCCUACAACCUCAUGCAGGCGGUCGGUGAAUUCGGGGGUUGCCUUGGUAUGUUCCUCGGCAUUUCCCUCGUCUCCGUAUACGAGUCCCCCUGCCGACUCAUCGAACUUUUGGCCGCAAGACGUAUCGGCAUUGGAUGA